AUGAAGUCCUGCUUCUCAGCAUUUAUUACUGCACUCCUUUUGAACAGCGCUCCUGCCACCUCCAUUCCCACCAAAGGGAAACCUGUCACUGUCAACUCGCCUCUGGAUCCGAAUGUCUCGCUAUCGUACAAAGAGACAAACAUCUGUGAAACGACUGCCGGCGUGAGAUCAUGGACUGGUUAUGUGAAUCUGCCCCUAGACCCAGCUGAAGGACGCGAUUACCCAACACACACCUUCUUUUGGUUCUUCGAAUCUCGAAAAGACCCUCGGAAUGCACCCCUUUCGGUUUGGCUUCAAGGUGGUCCUGGCUCCCCAUCUAUCCCGGCAGCUAUCGGCGAAAAUGGGCCAUGUUCAGUGACAGAGAACUCUGUUGAUACUAUCCUAAACCCUUGGUCGUGGACAAAUGAAGUCAACAUGCUCUACAUUGACCAGCCUGUUUCGGUCGGGUUUUCCUACGACACACUCGUCAAUGGAACAAUCAAUGAGUUCUCGUCACCCUUCAACGUGACAGCACAUGGAAACACUGCGCUGAACGCCCUUGAAACCAACUCAUCCGUCCUAGCAGGUACAUUCUCUGCACAGGGCUCACUUAGCACACCAAAUACGACGGUGGCUGCUGCUCGUGUGGCAUGGCACUUUAUGCAGAUUUGGAUGAAAGAAUUCCCGGCGCUCACACCAAAAGGCCACAGAUUCAGCAUGUGGGGUGAGAGCUUUGGAGGGCACUGGGUGCCAACCUUUGCCAAUUUCUUCCUCUCUCAAAACCAGCUCCUCAAAGAUGGAAAGCUCGAUAGAUCGGCUAUCCCUCUACAGCUUGACACGAUCGGUCUCGUCAAUGCUUGUGUGGAUAUCGUUACACAGAUGCCUUUCUAUCCUGAAAUGGCCUUCAACAACACAUAUGGCCCCGUCAUCAACAGAACCGUAUAUGAAGCUGCCGUAGCCAGCUGGCCAAGGUGUCGGAAUCUCAUUGAGGAGUGUCGUGCUAUAGCACAAGAGCAGGAUCCUAUGCGCUAUGGCAAUAACACAGAUGUCAACACGGCCUGCGCUGGUGCUUAUGCUACCUGCUUCGGGACAGUUUGGACAGACAUGACUAAAUACGGGCGAGAUACGUUUGACCUGACAGCGAAGGUGCCCAGUGCCUUUCCGCCCAAGUACGCUGCAGGCUAUUUGAACAGACAACCGGUCCAAACAGCACUCGGGGUCCCACUCAAUUUCACUGGUCUCUCUGACCCGGUGAACAUUGGAUUCGAGUACACGGGCGAUUUUGUUGUCGGUCACAAUCUCGCAAUUCUCGGCAGGUUGCUCGAUCAAGGCAUUAAAGUCGCCCUCGUGUAUGGUGAUGCUGAUUACCAAUGCAAUUGGUUGGGAGGCGAGGCACUCAGUCUGGCCAUAAAUUCUACCAUCAAAGCCGACUUUCACAACUCGGGAUAUGCAAAUAUCACUACGAAGGAAGGAUCUGUGGGCGGAACUGUUCGACAGUACGGCAAUCUGUCUUUCUCACGAGUUUUCAGUGCAGGUCACCAAGUCCCCUACUAUCAGCCGGAAACAGCCUUCGCCAUUUUCAAUCGUACUAUGUCUGGCGUUGAUGUCGCGACUGGUGAAACUUUAACAACAUCUGGUAUCAGCACCAAUGGACCUCAAUCUGUGUUUGAUGUCAAGGUUCCGGUAUUUUCCCAUCCCCCGCCCCAGUGCUAUUUCUGGGAUCAGCUGGAAACCUGUACAGCGUCACAGAAAGAGAUGAUAUGCAACGACACAGCCAUUCUCAAGGACUAUAUCAUGGUUGGCUAUCGUCGCAAGUGUGAUGGAUACCAGCAUCCGUCAAACACAAAAUCUCCGGGCAAUGAUAGCCUCACUUCACUUCAUCCAGGCACAAACGCGUUUACCUCACGGCCAGAAAGGCGAAGCUUCGACUUCUUUCGGGCGGUCGCCGGACAGGGGUUGGGAGCGUACUUCAACCGUCCGUUCUGGACGCAAGAAGUCCUCCGAGCGGCGACACAUUAUCCCUCGAUAAGACAUCUUGUCAUUGCUUUGGGUUCGGCCUAUGAGAAUUUUGAGAACGAGGAGACGGCGUCGGCAGACGACCAAGCCAUUGGAAGGCAUUUCACACUCCAACAGGCCAACCAGGCCAUUCGGCUCAUGCGUGAUCACUUCCAGUCAGCCAUGGCUCAAGGUCCUAUGUCUGCGGAGAAUACAAGUUGCAUAAUGACGGCUUCUAUUCUAUUCACCUACAUCGCCAGUCUGCAAGGUCACUUCGCCCAAGCCAUCGAACAUGUCCGGUCAGGGUUGAAAGUCUUGCAAGACUUCGAGGCGGUUUCAUCGUCAAUCCACACUUCGUCUGCUGCGUCCACAGCAACAUACCCAGUCGCAUUACGUGACCUGCGUCGCGCCUUGAUAUCACUCUAUGGGCAAAUCCGGUGCAUGAUCAAUGACGAAGCUAAAACUCAAUGGACUCGGGAUCUUUUAGUGUCUGACUUGGGAAUCGUCACGGGGUUUUGUUCACUCUCAGACGCUCACUCACAUGUCGAAAGACUCUUUCUCAACAUGCUUACCUUUCUACAGAACUCCGAAGUCAAUCCUCCAAAGACGCCUGAAGAGCAUGAUGCCUUCCACAAACGCAGACGAGAAAUCUUGCGAGCCCUCUCAAGUUGCAACAAAGCAGUGGAUCUUCUUGCAGACUCUACACGACACCAAAUUGCCCCUGACGGACGAGAAAUAAAAGAAGACGACCUCAGUGGAAUUCUCAUCCUGCGUGUGUAUUUGACAAUCAUAGAGAUGAGGAUGGGAAUGAACGCUCUACGACCUCAGGAUCGGGAAGCGCGUUUCGACACGCUCCAACCAUGUCUCGAGCAAAUACUAAAAUACUGUGAAGCCGUCGUAAGCGCAAACAAGAACAACACGUCCAGAACCCCACUGGCAGCAGCACCUUCCCACUCGGGUCUGGGGAUAGUGAUGCCGUUGCACACCGUCGCUGCGCGGUGUCGAAACUUUGAAACUCGAAAAAGAGCUCUCGAUCUGCUGUUCACUUGCUCCAGGCGCGAAGGCAUGUGGGAUGGUUUGAUGACGGGCAAGAUUGCCGCCAACACGUACAUGCUUGAACGACAGGCAGCUAUGGACGCUGCUGGGAUGGCGACCCGCACCGACGGUACAAUAGCAGUACCCGACGAUUGUCGUGUCAGAGAAGUGAAAAUCACCUACUCAGGAGACCGCAAAGUCAGUGCUGAAUACAUUACCGUUGGCAAUUGGAAAAGGGGGCAAAGAGGCGUUGAGAAGAUGAUUCAGUGGUGA